AUGGCCUUAUCAGCAGCGGUAAACGCUCUGGUCGAUAAUCUAAGCAAUGUGAACGAUCUCGAUGCAGAUACUUGUAAAGAUGCGUAAGUUUUCGAAUUGUUUUGGGCAUAAAAACUUGUGGAGCAGUUAGUAAAGUAUUUGUAAAAGGUGUAGCAGUACUUGAAAAAGGUGUGUCUGAGCCUUUAAGGUGUUUUCGUUUGUUAAAAUUAGUUUUAUUUUAGUUUUGGUUUGUUUUAGAUAACAGUUUAAUUUUUUUAUUGUGUCUUGCAUGUUUUUAUCUAAAAAUAAGAUUAUUUUAUACUCAAAUUGAACUAUAGUUUGUUAUUAAAGCAUAUAAGUCAAUUUUAAAAAGAAAUAACUAAUCUAAAGCAAUAUUUACAGCCGCAACGCACAUUAUGGUAACUUCACGCAGAUGGUGGAUGCGCUUCGAUGUGAUUUGUUUGAUGCAGAAGCUGAAACACUUGUCUUGGCCUUAAAAACAGGUAAUUAUAUUCUAUUUUGAUUUCAUUUUUAUGUGUUUAGUUGCCAAGAAGAUAAUGGAAUUCCAAACAAGGCCACACGAUGCAGAAGGAUCUUAUUAUGAACAUCUACAGAAUGAAGGUGUUGAUCUCAAGAAACUGACAGCUUUUUUGUGGAUUUUGAUCGAAAAAGCCCUUGUGCCUGAUAGGUAUGGGUUUUUGAAUUUAUAUUUAUUUGUUUUUAUUUUAAGUUCUGGCGUUUAAGGAUAAAUAUGAGUAAUUUAAAGGCGCCAGAACUUGUUGUAUAUGAUAUUUUAAGCAUUUUAAGGAAAGCAAGGAAAUGAGACGUGUAUGUGAAAUAUAAUAAGACGUUAUGGUUAUGAGUAACAUCUUUUUUGAUUAACAAGUUAAUAUUUAAAGCAUUAAUUGUUUUUUUGUAUUUUAAGAACAUUGUUUUAGGACGAAUGAUGAAUUGGAAGUCGGGCUUUGCGCUGCAAACUUGUAUAUGUGCUUGGUUGGAGUAAAGGAUGCCAAAAUGUAUCACGUUUUUCAUGUUUACAUCUUCGAAGUAAGUAUCAUUUGUUUUAAAUUUAGGCAAUAUGUUAAAAGUUUGUAAGCAAAACACGUAUUUUUUUCUGUUAAUGUAUAUCAAAAAUAUCUAAAUAUAUAUUUUUUAGAGAGCAAUUGAGCUCCUGAAAACGGUGGAAAAGCUGUUAAGGCCGGCUGGUAAAGUUAUGGCUACAAUUGGCUCUAGAAAGCGCAGAGAAGAACAAAAUCAAGUAGAUUUGGAUAUUAACAUUGGCGCUUUGAUGGACGUCGUUAUUGAGACUUUGAAGGCGUUGUGUUUGUUCACACAUUCAAGUAAGCUGCUUGAAAUUACUUUAUUUUAUAUGUCAUGUUAGUUUGAUGGCUAACAUAGAAGCUAUUUCAAAGCAGUUGUUUACCAAAAUUUAAAAAUUCAUUUUUUGUUACCUAAAAGUUACUUUUGAGCAAAUCUUUUUGUUUCAGAAGGCGUAGCAGACAUAGUGUUUGAAAAAGAAGGUCUAUGUGAGAAUGUCAUCGAUUUCCUUCGAGACAUUGCCGACUUUGAUAUGGAUGGUGGUACGGAUUUUCAAGCUAAAUUGAUUGAAGCCAUCAGCAGUGUACGAAGAGCUUCUGAUCUCUCUUUUGCUAUCAUCCAAAACUUACUUCAGAAGGAUUCGGAAACCAGGAGUACGGUUAUUAUGGCACAUUAUGUCACACCAAGAUUGCUUUAUUGGGUUGGCGGGAAUUCAAAAUAUCAUAUCACUGGAAGUAUACCCAACAUUCUGAAGGAUGCUUGUACUGUGAUGGUGCACUUUUUGGGAACUAGGUUUGAUGUGAGUUUUGAGGCUGUAUAUUUGUUGUUUAUCACGGAUUUUAAGUAUUAUUCUGAGGGGUUUUAUCCUUUUUCAAUGAGAUGGUUUAAAUAUUUCUAUAUGAAUGUUUUUCAGAGUUUAACGUUAUCAGAACUGAGAGCAAUUAUGAAAAUGAUGCAGAUUUUGCCAUUGAAAUGCACAGAUCGAAGUGAACAUCGAUCAUUGUUGGCCAGAACUUACUCUGAAAUACUGGCCAUGAUGCCUCCAAUAGCUUCUUACGUAUGUUUUACGGUAUUUUUUUUUAUGAAUUGUUGUUAAUGUAAAGGGUCAGGGAGGUUUUAAUUUUUUGCUCAGGAGGUCGUAGAGGAUAAACAUUUUUUCUUAUUCUAGAUAGUAUGGGGUACCCAUAGACCUCUAAAGGGGACGGGGCGGGCCUAAAGCUAUGGUUUGGGCAGUGGCCUUUGGGCUUAUAUGUGCUGGUCUAUAAUUUUAGUGUAGGGGAUCAAAACCUGGUCUAACAUAAAAUAGAUGGACAUGUAUACAAAUUGUAAAUUGAGACUGAUUAUAUGCUGUUUUUAAUGAUAUCUUGGCUAAAAUACGAAAAGGGGUUGAUAAUAUUAAUGAAAUCAUUUUUUAGCACAUUAUCGAUUUCAUCUACAUCUUGGGUAGGAAUUCCCGAACUGCUAACAGGUCGUUUGCUUUGGAGAUUGUACCUCAUCUUCUACAGAGAUUCAGUAGGUUUAUUUCAAGCUUAAUAACAAUUUCUUUCUUUUUAAUAACAAUUUUCUAUUCAAUUUAUUUAUAUUUUAAUUUUAAAGCUUUUAGAUGUAAAUCACUAUUAAAAUUACAAAUUUUUCAAAUUUUGUAAUAAUUUAAAGUAAUAAUUCACGAAAUUCCAGGGUUUGACCACCUUCAUGACCGUGCCGAACGUAUCGAAACAAUGUUUAUGGGCGAAGCGAAUGAAGAAACAAUCCUAGAGCAAGAAGACGACGAUGAAAUUGUGGAAGGUGAUGCAGCCGAAAUGGAAGAAGAUCAAGAAGAAGCAAUGGCAAUAGUCGACGAUGCCGAGGAAGAAGGAGAAGUUAUGUUGAGGGAUGAAGAAGAUGAAGCAGCUGCUGCUGAUGAAACUGUCAAUGAAUCGAGGGAACGACGUAACGAUGCGUUGUGAGUUUUGGGUUUAAAAUUAGCUUUAAAUUUGAAUUUUGAAAAAAAAAAAUAUUUUUUGAAAAAAAAUUGUUAAAAUUUCGAUUUUUAAAUUUUUUUUGAAAUUUUUAAACUCAAUAUAAUUUUUUUAGAUGCGUAUUCGAACGCCAAGGAAUGACAGCCCGUCAAGCCGUCCUCAACCUCCUAAUCACUGGACUGGUUGAUAAAUUUGCGAUGCAAAAAGCUCUCCAAGCUGUAGAGGUCUUGGUUUCAAGUAAUGCAUGUGUAGAUGAUUUAUCAAUACUAUCAACACGACUGGUUGAAGACAAUCUUGAAGCCCUGAAAAUGACAGAUCGGCCUCCAAGAACUAAUCAACAACGAGAUAAUCAACCACAACGGGCUAAUCAACAACACCGAACUAAUCAACCGGUAAAUCAAAGCGACGAUCAACCUGAAGUAUCUGAAGCUGCUCCAGAAGCCAUGAUAAAAGAAGAACCGGAAGAAGAAGGUAUGGAGCUGACCAUGAGUGCCAUUAUGGAAGCAGAACCAGAAAAUCCGGACAUAAAUGACCUGUUAAGGUUGGUGAUAAGAGCUUGUGACAGUGAAAAGACACCGAUUGCCAAACAUGCUCUAUGCUGUCUUCAAGCCAUCUUGUACAGUCAGAAUGUUGAUGCAGAAAUGACAGAGAAGUGCGUGGAGAAGAUCAGGGUAAGAUGGGUUUUUGAGGGAAGAUAGAGUAAAGUCUUGGCGUCAAUUUGCAUUGGUUUUGCAGGGAUAGAACGACAACACUUUUUUCGGUUGUAAUAACAUAUGUUUUACGGGGUCAUCUUGUUAUGUAUAGACCUGUAAAAGCGCUGGGUCAAUUUUUGUGGCCCGGUCUUUUUCAAAUUUGCUUUGACUUGGUCUAGCCGUGACCUGGCAUGCCAAGUGGGGCCAUUUUUUGUUCUAGUUAGAUAAAGUCCCUAGAAAUAUAAAAAAGGUAUUUUAUCGUAUCUUUGUACUGGUAGGACACUAUUUAAAACUUCUACAGCACAUUUUAAAUUCAAUGUCUAUGUUUUACAGGAAAAAUGUUGGGACGUGGCGAUUCAAGUACGAAAACAAGCUGCAAUGUGCCUUCACAAACUCCUCCCCCGCUUCCCAAGUGGCAUCGAACAUGCCUGGCUGCGAGGUGUACUACAUCAAGUAGUAGACAAUGAAAGUGGUGUAGCGAAUCAAGCUAUCAAAAUGUCAUCGGAAUAUAUUGUAGAAGGUCUCAAAGGGGACAGACCAAACCCAACUUGGAAUUUAAUGGAUGUGGUCGAGGGGGAUACUGAAUAUACGUAAGGAUGCUGGAGGGAAUUUAAAUUUUUUAAAUAUUUUUUUCGAAGAUUUUUAAAUUAUAAAAAAAUUGAUUUCAAACUGAAAAAAUGAAUAAUUUUCGAAAUUUCUGUAUUAUAGCCACUUUGCUGACAAUAUUUUUGAGUUUUAACCCUGUUUUUUAAGCUUAUCACUCAUUUUUCAGUCGAUACCUCUCAAUUUGUCUCACUGAACAAUCUCCCGGCUCCAACAGAACCACAAAUGUACCAGACGACUUUAUCCGUCGCUUGGAACGAGUAACAGAAUCCAACGACUGCCCACCGUCUGCAUGGAUGUUAUUGGCCGAGCUAAGCCCAUUCAUGGAUGUCAAACCUCAAUAUGCUGAAAACGUCUUUGACUCGAUUGACUUCACGAAUCAUGAAGAUAGAAUCCCAACUUAUGUAGCCAAAAUCAUUGCGAAUCGAUCGAAAAAGAUUCCGGCGGUUAGAAGAGAAGCACUGAAGGAGAAGAUUGGCCAGAAGAUUAAGAUGAACAAGUAGGUGUUGAUGGGAGCUUUGAGGAAAGAGAAAUUGAGGUUUUUGACUAUUGUCUAUGCUAAUUGGGUAUUAUAGUGAUUUUUAUUAUAAAUUUAAAUUUUUUUACUUAAAACUUCAGAAUCGCCGUAACUCACAUUGGUGCAGUAGCCUACGCCUUUGCCUGUCUAAUGGACGCUCUAGGCAGCAACGAUGGCCACAACCGAAACGAGAGCGGCGCCAAAGAAAUGGAACGUUUUGUGAAAGAGUUCCAAGUGAAUGCGAUAAGACAGCUCAAGAAAGAGAUUCUAAGCCCAUUUGCUGAAAGAGUGGGCUCAAGUUUGUCAUUAAUGAGCGAAGUCAACUCACAACGUUUGGAUACAUUAACAGAGGACAAGACGGACAAGGUGUUGAGGAUGAUUCACUGCAUCGGCGAGCUACUACAAUAUGCGCCACAAGCUGUGGACGAAGAUUUCGUGGCCGCGUUGAAGGUUAUUGUGGCUGGGGAUGAGGCGGCGAGUAAGUGAUCUUUGGGACUCAUUUUUAUUUGCACAACUCAAUAGUAUAAUAUUAUACCAGGUAGUAAAUAAAAAACCAAUUUCAGACCAAUUCCGCCAGUUCCGCGCAGCAUCCGUCAUGACAAACGGUACUCAAGGCACGAUGCGAGAGUCUCAAGCUCAAGUUUUUCGUGAUUUCAUCGCGAUGAUCCCACUCGGUAUCAGAUCAGCCGCUGCCUUUGCAAUCGGACGAAUUUGCAUUUUGAGAGAAGAGGAAGCCAGCAAGUAUAUUCAGACUCUAAUUCAACAGUUAACCAUGGAUAAGGAUCAUUGUUUGAGGAAUAACAUCUUGGUCACACUGGCUGAUCUUUGCACAACGUAAGGGUUUGGUUAGAAGCACGGGGUUGAUGGGGAAAAGAUGGAUUUUAGGUUGUUUUUGAUUGAAAAAAAAUUUUUAAGCACAUUUUUUAUCAAAAUUAACUUUGAUUUUAAUGUCUAACACAAUAUGUUUAGUGGUGGAGCAGCAGUGAAUCAGUUUGGGCCAGUCCUGGCGACAGCAAUGCGUGACAAAUCAGUACUGGUGAGAAGACAUGCGGUAUCAUUGAUAACAACCUUGAUGAGAGACGAAUACUUCAAGUGGGGAGGUCAGAUCAUGUACUAUUAUUUGGGAGCGUUGGUGGAUCCAGAUGAACGAGUUCGUGAUCAGUGUAAUGCUUCUUUGGUAAGAUAUGAGUUUUGUGGGUAUUAUAGGUUGUUCAAAUAAGUCUGUGCUCUUGUCAAAGAAAAUUUUUGGAUUAGGGGGCACAGAAUUAUUUGGACAGCCUAAUAAUGUACGAUUAAGGGCAAAUUUAUAAAUUUUUUUGUGAAGAGGGGUAACCUUUGAUUUGGUCGCUGUUUUUCGAAUUUUUUUAAUAAUUUUGAUGGUAAAAUAAGACAUGCAUAGGUGCUGGAAUUUAAUGCAUUUUUAGUAUUCGAAAUGCAAAAAUAUUUUUUUUAUAUUUACAAUUUGUUUAAGAAUUUUGUUUUCCAGCUAAACGUUCUGUUACCUAAAUUCCCGAACAUGUUCAGUAACAAAUUUGUGGAAUCAAUGUUCUACUUGAACGAUGUUAUUCACCCUUCGAUGAAAGUACUGAUCAAACGUGAGUUUUUGUAAUUUUUUUGAAAAAAGUUGUUGUGCUUGAAGGCUUGUGGUAUAUUAGGUGCCGACAUAAAAACCCCGCCAUAAUUUUCCUGUAAUUUCCUGUAAUAAAAUAAGGCUGAAAAUAUGUUUACAAUUUUUAAAUUAAAAAUUAACAUUUUAGAAGAACAAGAAAACUGCUCAUUGCCAAUCGAAGACUAUUUCAAGUUGUAUGGCGCGAGGAAUCGAAAGGAUCGACUCAAAAUUUAUAUGUUUAUGGUAAGAACUGCCUUAAAAUGAAUUAGAAUGGUUUUUUCUAGAAGAUUUUGAACGUUUUAUACGAAACUUUACAUUUAAAAUUCAAAAAGUUAAAGAAUAUGUUGUAUAAAAAGUAAUGAGCCACUGAAUUCUAUCAGGUUAUCCGAAUAUGGAUGAGCAAUUCAAAGCGUUCAGUUUUGAAAAUUUUAGCUUAAAUGUACUUGGAAACCCUGAUACAUCUCUAGAGAGACAUCGCUCAUUACUUUUUAUGCAAGUUAAUAGUAUGAUUAAUAUGUCUCAGAUCGGCUGUGAGUGCGGUUUAACUAAUUUCAAAAAAGUUUUUGAAAGAAAUUCAUUUUUAGAUUAGCACAUUUGAAGACAAGAUCAAGGUACCUCUGAUGGGCAGAAUCGCAAUGGAAGUCUUCCAAUGUCUGGUCGAUGAAGCGUUGGAUCCAAAAGAUUCGAAAGUUCAGUGUUUGAUGGCUGAUGCGCUUGAUGUAAGGCUUUGUAAAAUACGGAAUGUAUUUUUUUAUAUAGUAAAUUUUUUUGCAAAUUUUAUCAAUUUUAAAAUUUUUUGAAUUUUUUAAACUUUUUGUUUUGAAGUUUAGAGCUAAAAACGUGAAUUUAAAAAAUUUUCAGGUCGUUUAAAUAAAUCUGUGCCCUCUAACUUCAAAAAUUUGCUUUGAGAGGAGGCACAGGAUUAUUUGAACAACCUAAUAGAAAGCAAGAAUAACAUUGUUCAUGAUUUGAAAUAUGAUUUUAGAUUUUACGAUCAAAAGAAAUGAUAUUGAGCAUGAAUGUGGGCAAGAAAACGGCUACAGAUGAUGUUGACGAAGAAUCAGAGGAAGCCAAUGCGGUUAGUUUAUAUAUCAUAUAAUAUUUGGGUUAUAAUUAUGCUUAGUGGUAAUGUAGACAUGUUUUGUUAAUUAAAACAUCUUUAUUUCAAUUUGACUUGUAUUUUCUCUUCUAGAUGGCCCAAAUGGCCAAGGACGUAAUCUCAAACGUGUACAUGUACAAGAUCUGCAACGACUGUCUCCACUACCUUUUCAAAGCUCGCGACUACCUCAAAGUCAAUCAGUUCCCCGAGUUUGCUCGCCUCACUUACAGCACGAUUCUCGACAUUUACGUACAGUAUAUCGAGUACUUUGAACAACUAUGUGGAUCAGAUGCUCAGCGAAAAGAAGAAGUCAGGAAUGAUCUCAAGAGGCACAGAAACAUCAAUGUACCACAACCUGGAGCUCAGGGAAGACGACCUCAACCACAACGACAAGUUCAAAGAGAAGCGUCUCCGGGAGAAGAAACUGAUGAAUAA